AGUUUCUUUUUACAGUUCAAUCAUCAGCAUGGGUUCUGAAAUAGCCAACAAAACUUAUCCACUUCACUUUGUUCUCUUCCCUUUCAUGGCUCAAGGCCAUAUGAUUCCCAUGGUUGAUAUUGCAAGGCUCUUGGCUCAGAGCGGUGUGACCAUAACAAUUGUCACCACGCCUCACAAUGCAGAGAGAUUCAAGAAUGUUCUAAACCGUGCCAUUGAGUCUGGUUUGCCCAUCAAACUUGUUCAGGUGAAGUUUCCAUCUCAAGAAGCUGGUCUGCCAGAAGGAAAAGAGAAUAUGGAUUUGCUUGACUCCAUGGAGCUGAUGUUACCUUUCUUCAAAGCUAUUAACAUGCUCGAAGAACCGGUCCAGAAACUCAUAGAAGAGAUGAACCCUCGCCCAAGCUGUCUAAUUUCUGAUUUUUGUGUUCCUUAUACAAGCAAAAUCUCAAAGAAGUUCAAUAUACCAAAGAUUGUCUUCCAUGGCAUGUCUAGCUUUUGUCUUCUAUGUAUGCAUAUUUUGCGCAAGAACCUUGAGAUAUUGGAGAAUUUAAAGUCAGACGAAGAGUACUUCACCGUUCCUUAUUUUCCUGAUAAAGUUGAGUUCAGAAGACCUCAGGUUCCUGUAGAAACAUAUGUUCCUACAGGAGAGUUGAAGAAGUUGGCAGAGGAUAUAAUAGAAGCUGAUAAUACAUCAUAUGGUGUCAUAGUCAACACAUUUCAAGAGCUUGAGCCUGCUUAUGUCAAAGACUACAAGGAGGCUAGGUCCGGUAAAGCAUGGGCCAUUGGACCAGUUUCCUUGUGCAAUAAGGUGGGAGAAGACAAAGCUGAGAGGGGAAAAAAAUCAGACAUUGAUAAAGAUGAGUGUAUCAAAUGGCUUGAUUCUAAGGAACAUGGCUCGGUGCUCUACGUUUGCCUUGGAAGUAUAUGUAAUCUCCCCCUGGCUCAACACAAGGAGCUUGGCCUAGGCCUAGAGGAGUCCAAAAGACCUUUUAUUUGGGUCAUAAGAGGUUGGGAGAAGUAUAAAGAGUUAGUUGAGUGGUCCUUGGAGAGCGGAUUUGAAGAAAGAAUUAAAGACAGAGGACUUCUCAUCAAAGGUUGGUCUCCACAAAUGAUCAUCCUCUCACAUGCUUCUGUUGGAGGGUUCUUAACGCACUGCGGAUGGAACUCAACUCUUGAAGGGAUAACCUCUGGUCUACCUCUGCUUACAUGGCCACUAUUUGCAGAUCAAUUUUGCAAUGAGAAACUGGUUGUGCAAGUACUAAAAACCAGUGCGAAAGUUGGGGUUGAGCAGCCUAUGAAAUGGGGGGAAGAGGAGAAGAUAGGAGUGUUGGUGGAUAAAGAAGGAGUGAAGAAGGCAGUGGAGGAAUUAAUGGGUGAGAGUGAUGAUGCAAAAGAGAGAAGAAGAAGAGCCAAAGAGCUUGAAGAAUUAGCUCACAAGUCUGUGGAAGAAGGAGGCUCUUCUCAUUCUAACAUCACUUUACUCUUAGAAGACAUUAUGCAACUAGCACAAUCCAAUAAUUGAUUACGUCAUUGUUAAAGGAACGUAAACACUUA